AUGAGCCUCAAUCGCCAGGACACAUCACAGAAGAAUGAGUCGGAUGGGACAGCAAGACCGACCAUGCAAGGAUUACAAUUACCUUCAUCUACCGGCCCAGUCAAGGAUUCUAUCCCUGCACCACCCACCCUCCUACGGCAGACGAGAAACAGGCUGGCUGACCCGGUGGUGGCCGCAUUCAUGGCCGGAGGUGUUGCCGGUGCCGUUUCAAGAACGAUUGUGUCCCCUCUGGAGCGGUUGAAAAUCCUACUCCAGAUCCAAAGUGUUGGCCGGGAGGAAUACAAACUAUCGAUAUGGCAAGCUCUCAAGAAGAUGAAACGAGAGGAAGGCUGGCGAGGCUUCAUGCGAGGCAACGGAACCAAUUGUAUUCGCAUCAUUCCCUACUCGGCGGUGCAGUUUGGAAGUUACAAUUUCUACAAGAAAUUUGCUGAGACACCAGACGGCGAGAUGACCCCAACACGUCGCCUUAUUUGCGGAGGUAUCGCAGGAAUCACGUCCGUCACGGUCACAUACCCGCUGGAUAUCGUUCGUACCCGACUUUCCAUUCAAUCGGCAUCCUUUGCGGGUCUGGGAGCCCGAGAUCCAUCCCAAAAGCUGCCCGGCCUGUUCACGACUAUGGUGACGAUAUACAAGAAUGAGGGCGGCAUGAUUGCCCUCUACCGCGGAAUCGUCCCCACGGUCACUGGAGUUGCCCCCUACGUCGGACUCAAUUUCAUGACUUAUGAAUCGGUCCGCAAAUACUUGACUCCUGAGGGAGACAAGAAUCCCAAUCCCUGGCGAAAGCUACUUGCUGGGGCCAUUUCUGGAGCCGUGGCGCAAACCUGCACAUAUCCCUUUGACGUGCUACGAAGACGCUUCCAAAUCAAUACCAUGUCCGGCAUGGGCUAUCAAUACAAGUCCAUCUGGGAUGCGGUGCGGGUGAUUGUGGCUGAAGAGGGAGCACGCGGGCUGUUCAAGGGCAUCGGACCCAAUCUACUCAAGGUUGCACCCAGCAUGGCCAGUAGUUGGCUCAGCUUCGAGUUGACGAGAGACUUCCUCGUCAGCCUGAAUGAUAGAGAUUAG